AAACAGGAUAACCAAGGAGUUAUAAACUUUGUCUCAGUACAAAAUUUUAUUUUAUCUUUCCACACAGUCAUGAGGUCAGUAAUAUCUACUCAAGCUUUUCACUGACCAGGCAGCUUGAGGUAAAUAAAGCAUAAUGUCCCUGCCACGGCAGAUCUGAUUGACAGAAGCAGCAGGCACACUCAGUCCUGAUAUGAGCUCUUGGCAGUUUGCCAUCCAUCUGGGGGAGGUAGCCCUUGACUAAUGUCCCCCAGCUUAGAAAAGUGGCAAAGUCUGGGAGAAAGGAAUCAAAGGGGUGUGAAAGUCAUCAAAGCAGUGAUAACUGCUUUGACUGUAUGUACCGUGCCUUUAUCCUGCCUCUCUCUGCCCUCUUGUGUCAUCAUCUUAUUCUUCUUUGCUGCGAUUAGAGUAAAUAAUAACUAUUACGUGUGAGGGAGUUUCAGUUUCCUUUUUUCCGCACUGAUGAAGGAAACUGAAAGAAUGACGAACAUCUGUAAGAUUACAAGCCCAUGUAUUACAGUAUUCAGACCUUACUUCCCGUGAUGAACUCUUCCAUACUUCCUUGCCACAUGCGAACUCAUAUUAUUAAAAGAAUCUGAGGAGUUAGCUGAGGGAGGGGAGAACGAUUUUCUCCAGAUCACGCAGUAAAAUGGCCCAACAGUGUGAACAAUAUGAACAAUAAUAGAAGGAAGACCUGGAGUUGUGAACAGUUAACCUGGACAACUGAUCUUAAAUUUCAAAUUACUGCCUUUAUUUUCUGAUUAAAAAGUAUAAGGCAAAUAGUGGGUCCUAUACCUGAAGCUCUUGAUCCUAGAGUGUUCUAUUUUUCAUUUCUUAGCCGCCAAUCAACUUUAAAACAUGAAGGAAAAAUCCAGAAAAUAAUCAUAAAGCAUUCCUUGGAGAAGUUUCCAAACAUGAAUAAAAUAUAACAAGCCCCCUUCAUUGAGCUCAGGAGAUGUUUCACAAAGCGGAAGAAUUCUUACCCAAGCGGACGGAUAGUGAGAUGGAUGAGAUGGACACGUCGGACACCCAGUGGGGCUGGUUUUACCUGGCGGAGUGUGGGAAGUGGCACAUGUUUCAGCCGGAUACCAACAUUCAGUGUUCAGUUAGCAGUGAAGAUAUCGAAAAAAGCUUCAAAACAAACCCUUGUGGCUCCAUUUCUUUUACUACUUCCAAAUUCAGCUACAAGAUAGACUUUGCAGAAAUGAAGCAAAUGAAUCUCAUCACUGGAAAACAGCGCUUAAUAAAAAGAGCCCCCUUUUCUAUCAGUGCUUUCAGUUACAUCUGUGAAAAUGAGGCCAUCCCCAUGCCCCCACACUGGGAGAAUGUGAACACCGACGUGCCCUAUCAGCUGGUUCCUUUGCACAGUCAAACACACGAGUAUAACGAGGUUGCCAGUCUCUUUGGGAAAACAAUGGACCGCGGCAGAAUUAAAAGAAUCCAGAGAAUUCAAAACCUGGACUUGUGGGAGUUCUUCUGCAGGAAAAAGGCUCAGCUCAAGAAAAAAAGAGGCGUGCCUCAGAUUAAUGAACAAAUGCUCUUUCAUGGUACCAGCAGUGAAUUUGUGGAAGCAAUUUGCAUUCAUAACUUCGAUUGGAGAAUAAAUGGUAUCCAUGGUGCUCUCUUUGGGAAAGGAACCUAUUUUGCUAGAGAUGCUAUUUACUCCAGUCGCUUCUGCAAAGACGACAUAAAACAUGGAAACACAUUCCAAAUUCAUGGCGUAAGCUUGCAACAGCGGCAUCUGUUUAGAACGUAUAAAUCUAUGUUUCUCGCUCGAGUGCUAAUUGGAGAUUACAUAAACGGAGACUCCAAAUACAUGCGACCUCCUUCCAAAGACGGGAGCUAUGUGAAUUUAUAUGACAGCUGUGUGGAUGAUACCUGGGACCCAAAGAUCUUUGUGGUGUUUGAUGCCAACCAGAUCUAUCCUGAGUACUUAAUAGACUUUUACUGAUUUCACUUCCAAAUCUCAGUGGUCAAGGAAGUUCUGUGCUUUUUUUGCAGGAAGAUUUGCUCUCCUGUCAUCUAGCCACUAAAUGUUCACUAUCUGAUACUUUUGAAACAGAUAUGAAAAAAAAAGUGGCCUCCAUAUAAAAAGACAUACUGACUUUAAGGUUGGUUUUUUGUUGUUUUGUUUUUGUCCGUUGCUCGUAGUCUUGUUUGUUAAAGAUUGAUACGAUACCGUUGCCAUUUGAACACAGGCGAAAGGUAGCACUCAAAACUGAAUCAGCUGAAUCUCAAUUACCGUGAUCAUUCAGAGUCUGUAAAGUUUACGUGUGUGUUAUAUUUAUUCAUAUAUAUGUCCAAAAAAUAAAAAAAAAACAGACCUAACUGUGUCGUCCCUUCAGAGGAUUUGAUCCUUUGUAAAUUGAAUCCUGACAUUAUUAUCCACCAAUCAAUACAUUGCCUUGUUGGUCUUCCAAAGCGGGGAUUUAAAAUCUCAAAGCAGGCUGAGUACCCUGGGAAAAAUCAGAAAUAAAAAUGUUAUUUCCAAGCUGCCGGACCAACCAAAAGGAGAAAGUCAAGGUGGAGUGUCCAGCUUCUGAUUGCCCAGGGGAGCAGAGUGCAGUCUGAGACUGCUCAUGUCAUUCUCUUAUCUCCUACGUCAGAACUGACAAGUGCUGCAGACUGUAAUUAGUCCACAGUUCACCCACCAGGGCUCUUGAAUUCUCAUACCAUGACUUGCUCCACACAGUGUUUACUGCCUCUUCAACAUGAAACACUUAUUGCUUUGCCAAAACAUGUAUUUUUCCCUUUGCUUUGGGGUCCCUUCAAUAAUUACUUGUAAGAUUUCUUAUCUGCUGCCUACCACACACAGCUAUUCAACAGCGAUUCCCAAUACUCAAAAUUUUAAGUUGGAUCUCCCCAUUUUGAAUCAUUGCAGAAGGCAGGGGGUUCUGGAACAAAUCUGGUUUAGCCUUUUGAGUAGUAAAUUGACAAUCUGCUAAUACUUAAAAAGUUAGAUCCAGUUCAUAAUCAUGUGUAAUGGAAGUUUGUUUACCUGUUCCAUCUGUUUUGCUAUUAUUCUAUUCUAAAGAAGAAUAAGUAAUGUUGGAACAGCUUCCUGCCCCUAGAGGUGUUCUGGCAGAGGCUAGACAAUGACUUGGCAGAAAUGUCAUACAAGAGUUCAGAUGUCAGUUGGAAGAAUUGGCCAUAUGAUGGUUGAGUGUUUCCCCACCUUGAUUUUCCAUGAUUCUAUGUGAAAAAAAAAAAAAAGAAAAAGAAAAAGACACCUGUAUCAAGCCUUGCCAGAAAACCUUUUCCUAACUCAGUCUAAUACUGAAUUCUCUCUCCAUUAUCCUUAUUCAGUUUUGAGUGAGAAAUUGUGAACACAGGUUAACUUUUCAGGGUAAAGCCAGUCAAUGUUCCAUGCCUGUGUUGUUCGUUUUAGUCAUUUGCAUUGGGAGAACAUCUAGAAAUCAUAAAAAGGAAGCAUAUAGACCAAUAUUAGGCAUGGUAAUUCUUCAACUGCCAUAUAUCCCCAGAUUUUUGUUGUAGCUCAGAAUACACGAAACUGUACAGUUUAAAGUAAGUAGUACACAGGAAACUGUUAUGUACAAUACUUUGAAACCAAGCAGCAACAAAGAUUUCCUGACUUAAAUGUGCACAUUAAGAGCCACUUUACAUGAAAGUCUGUGAAUAUUUAUGAGGAGCCCAUUUUAGAAACAUGCAGAGAUGAUCAUGGAAAUAAUUGGAAUAAAAGUCACCAGACUACCUUGUGAGAGAUAACAAACUAUUGCUCUAGAUUCAUUCACAAAAGAACAAUGUUAGAGACAUUAGGAAUUCAGAUUUUGAAAAUCUUUUUAUUCGAUUUGUUACUUACACACCAAAAAAAAAAAAAAAAAAAAAGGUUACAGUAAUCCCUUCAAUAUGGCUGUCCUUUUUUUCAAUUUAACACCAUUUCACUUCCUGUCACUGGAACAGAGUAACUGUUGUAGCAUUUGGGAGUUAUUUUUGUAGAUGUGCAGAUCUUAUCUCAAGGUGUGACUAAAAGCCCAGAGUUGAGGUUUGCAAGGCAGUCUGUAUGAACUCUGAACUUAACUAGUUGGCUCAGAUGUAGUAAAUAGAAUGGAUUGCAAUAGACAUUGUAAGAAAGAAUUCUGUUUUUCUGUUUUUCUUGUCUGACAAUGUACUGCCAAUUCUUUUAUAAUGAAGAACUAAUUUUGAUAAACUUUUCAGUGUGAUAGUGUGGCAUUAAUUGAUAUUAAAAUUCUGUUCAUUUUGAUCAAUAGAUUGAGUUGAGAACUCCUAAUUAGUAUAUAAUAGACUGGACACAACCAUCUGCCCCUUUAACUCUUGUCCUCAUAUAGUAUGCGUGGCGAGAGUAAAGAGAACCUACUCCAGGCUAAUGAAUAAAUGAUUUUUAAAAUUAUACAUUGAACAAA